ACGAUUCUGUUCAAUCACUAUCAACUAGAGCCUCUCCUGAAAUUAAACCACCAAGGGAAAUUGAGGAAACAGUCCAAGCAGACAUGACGAUGCACACUUUUACCCUGCCUUGCUCUGCCUCAGCCUCCCCUCCUGUGGCAAGAAGUAGUUCCUGGAUCAGAGGGAAGAAAUGAAGUCAACAAAAACAGAACUGAAGAACCAACUCCAUGAAGCUCGGUUGCCUGGCAAUCCUGCCUCCUCCCGGUGCCACAAGGGCUCUAAGCACAACUGACUACGACUCCCAACAUUCCCUGAGGUCGCAUUGGAGGUAAAUGUUCUCGGGGAACAUCCAAACCAAUCUGAAAUAGAAAGCAAGCCCCAGUGGCUGUUGGAAGCUGUAGUCAGCUCUCCAGACGCGAACUACGGAGUAGAAAGGCUUGGAGAGCUGCUCCCCGAACCAAGAGCCCGGCUGGCAGCAGGCAGGGUGCGCUGUGCCCCUCCUCGACCUUCCCAGUACCUACCCGGGGGGGAUUUUCCUCCCCGUGCCCUCACCAGAAGCAGCCAGUUGGGCACCGUGCAGAAGCCCCGCUCCCUCCCCAACCCCCCAAGGGCACCCCAAAAGGCCGAUGAGCUGGGGGGCUGGGGGGGGGAGCCGGGAAGGCGGGGGCCGGCGGCGGCGCUCCCCGCCCAGCAGCGGCAGCCGCGGGCCGGGCGCGGGGGGCGCAGCGGAGCGGUGGCGGCGGCGGCGGCGCCUCGCAGGGCCAUGUCGGCGCCGUGCCUGCCCCUGCCCGCCGCCGGCUCAGCACCGGCGGAGGCGGACAGCGCCGGAGGCAUGGAGCCGCCCGCCGGCACCACCGGGACCGGGAGCAGGACCGGGGCCGCCGGCUUGGAGCUGGCCCUGGAGGAGGAGCUGGCGCUGCUGGCCGCCGCCGGGGAACCGCCGGAGCCGCCGCCCGUCGCUGCUGCUGUCGCCGUCGCCGCCGCCGCCGCCCGGGACCCCGAGCUGCUGUCGUUGAUCCGGCAGAAGGAGAAGGACCUGGUGCUGGCGGCGCGGCUGGGCAAGGCGCUGCUGGAGCGCAACCAGGACAUGAGCCGGCAGUACGAGAGGAUGCACAAGGAGCUGACCGAUAAGCUGGAGCACCUAGAACAAGAGAAGCACGAACUGCGGAGGCGAUUUGAGAACAAGGAAGGAGAAUGGGAAGGAAGGGUGUCUGAACUGGAGAGCGACGUGAAGCAGCUGCAGGACGAGCUAGAGAGGCAGCAGGUUCACCUGCGCGAAGCUGACCGCGAGAAGACACGGGCUGUCCAGGAACUCUCCGAACAGAACCAAAGACUCCUGGACCAGCUCAGCAGGGCAUCCGAGGUGGAGCGGCAGCUCUCCCUGCAGGUCCACACCCUCCGGGAGGACUUUCGGGAGAAGAACUCCUCCAGCAGCCAACACAUCGUGCGGCUCGAGAGCCUCCAGGCUGAGCAGGUCCUUGAAAUCAAAAUGCUGACGGACAGAAAGCGGGAGCUGGAGCAUCGCCUUAGUGCCAUGAUGGAGGAGAAUGACCUGCUCCAGGGAACUGUGGAGGAACUGCAGGACCGAGUCCUCAUCCUGGAGAGACAAAGCCAUGAUAAGGACCUGCAGCUGCACCAAAGCCAGCUGGAGCUCCAGGAGGUGCGGCUAUCGUACCGGCAACUGCAGGGGAAGGUAGAAGAGCUCAGUGAAGAGAGAAGUCUCCAAAAUUUCAACACAACCAGCACAUCCCUGCUAUCUGAGAUAGAGCAGAGCAUGGAGGCAGAGGAGCUGGAACAAGAACGAGAACAGCUGAGGCUGCAGCUCUGGGAAGCAUAUUGCCAAGUGCGAUAUCUCUGCUCCCAUCUCAGAGGAAAUGACAGUGCAGACUCCGCAGUCUCCACAGACUCCUCCAUGGAUGAGUCUUCAGAAACCUCAUCAGCCAAAGACGUCCCAGCCGGUAGCCUACGGGCAGCUCUCAGCGAGCUGAAAAGACUGAUACAAAAUGUGCUGGAUGGGGCAGACUCCACGAGCUCUCGGCGAAGCGAUGAUGACACCUUGGAGGAACAGAUCAGGCGAACAAGCGAGGACUCACGAGCCCUGAGGGAGUUAAUGGAGGGAGAACGGGGGAAACUGAGGCAGAGUUUGGAGGAGCUGCAGCGACUGCACAGCCAGGUCACACUGCUGAGUGUGGAAAUGACGACACUGAAGGAGGAGCGGGACCGGCUGCGAGGCGCUGCUGAAGACAAAGAGACGAGCGAACGGCUCCUGCAGGCCAUCAGGGACCGAGACGAGGCCAUUGCCAAGAAGAAUGCAGUGGAGGUGGAGCUGGCCAAGUGCAAGAUCGACAUGAUGUCCCUCAACAGCCAGCUGCUGGAUGCCAUCCAGCAGAAGGUGAACCUCUCGCAGCAGCUGGAGGCCUGGCAGGAUGACAUGCACAGGGUCAUUGACCAGCAGCUGAUGGACAAACACCCGAAGGAAUGGAGCCAGCUUGCUUAUUCCUUCUCCAGUGGCUACGGCGCGAAGCGGAGUACCAGACCCUCCCCCGUGUUCAGGCCGGAGCCGCAGGGGGACGAGCCCGUCGGGGCAGAAGGGAACCGUCUCUUUUCCUUUUUCAAGAAAAAUUAAUUUGAAAAAGAAAAGCCUCUCCACCAAUUCCUGCUUCAAGAUGGGGAGAGGGGCAGCUGCCCCGCCUGCUGAUGGACCCAACUCUGAUCCACUAGGAAGAAAAAGGGGUCAAAGGAGUUAACCCUUGAGACUCUGCACUAUUAACACCGCACCUGGUCUGAACCAAAUGUUUACAUGAAUUGGAGAGCUGCAAAUUGACAAUGUGCUACUAAUUGAAAUCAACUUUUCUUAUUAAGUGAAGUGGUAAACUUCAGGGUAUAUUUUAGGCGCUUUGACACAGUUUAGUUUCUGCUGUGAAGAAUAAUCCGAUUGUCUUAAAAGCAUUCUCAUGCUGGAGAAGGAAAUAAGCAGCCCCAAGACAAAGCAGUGCAGGAGAUUGGGAACUGCCGUCACAGCGAGUGCAGGGAGGAGAAGAGAGCUGAGUGCAAGAGGAGAGGAGUCCUGUAUACCACCCUCCAGGCCUGGCAGCUGUGAUAUCCUUCCAUCCAUCCCGCUGAGACUGGAGUUGCUCCAGCCCCAGCAUUGCCAUAUUUUGACAAGUGAAGCUUUCUCUACAGUGGAAGAUGAACCCUCACUGCGUAUCCUGCCUGGGCACUGUCCCCCUGCUGUGGCUCUAUGUAGCUCCUAACCCCUCACUGGGAAGCCAGGCUCCUUGCAGACCAGGGUAGUUGUAAGCUUGCUGAUGUUACCAUCUUCUACAGCUCCCUCCUGUUACAGAGAGAAGAGUUGCAGAGUCUGCAGUUGCACAAAAAUAUUAAGGAUUUCUCCCCAGAAGAUUGACCAUCUACAACAGACUACAAACUGAAUAACGUUGUGGAUGUUCAGUCCUGGGGCGCAUACUGUCCCACUGAUGGCAAAGGUAGCUGUGGAACUUCAAAUCACAUGCCUUUCCCCAAAGCCAUGUACCCCUCCCAGACUAAGAAACCUGUUAUUUUAACCUGAUAGCCACCCCACCCCCCAGAAAAGAACUCAUUGAGAGCCUACCCAUAAUGAAAUCUAAGACCUACUGAUGCUGGGUUGGCAGACAUGAUCCUUAAAAAUCAUGCACACACCUACCUUCACUAAACCACAGGCAAUGAGGGCACCUACAAAGCUCUGGAGAUCCUGUAGCCUGCUCUUUGCCCCCACAUGGUACUAUUAGCUGUGGCCUGAUGUAAAUGGAGAGCAUUUGUUCUGCCUGUGGGUCGUUUACAACUCAACCCUUCAGCAAGCAGGUUGCCAAAUCUCCUCCUAACCGAAGAUGAUCAGAGCCUGCUUUGCUGUAACCAAGACUUGAUCAAUGAGAAGGAAAAAAAGCUUAUCUGUUGUAUGCACACAGCGGUGCUGGAAAUCCUGCAAUACAUUUCCCUACGCACUGGACGGGCACCUUACAGCUCUUCCCUUUAACACAGUCUACCUUCAUAAAACAGUGAGUUACACCAGGCCACGUUCAGAGAUGGCCUGCUGCUGUUAGGCAAUUUUCACACAUUCUCCCAGCUCACAAUACCACAGCCCCUGAUUUGUUUCCCUGUUGCUUUGAGGAGGCUGCCCCCUAUGCUGUCCCACGGGAGAUGGAACUACGUACACGUUCAGCUCUGCCCUGCUCAGCAACUUAGGUGCUAAAACACCAUCCUACAGGAAGCUGCUCAUCUCUGCUCAGUAUUUACAGUCACAGGCUUUCUGCUAGAAUUAGGUAUUGAACACCUCCUUCUAAGAAGCAGGUAAGAGCUUGGGGGGUUGUUUUUGAAACUAUUUAACGUACCUAGUGCAUAGGGCAUACAUAAUACCUCAGCACCAAUAUCCCUUCUGCCUACAAAGAUUUGUGCAUUCCCAUUUUUCCUUUUUAGUAUGAAGCUGCCACUGGGCCAUUCUGCAAGGAGCAGAGUACUCUUUGGGAUUGAGAAUGAUGCUAAAAACCUGAGUGGUAAAACACAUUUACCUGAAAGCAAUGAAGCCUGGAUUGUAGAACCUACUCCAGGAAAUUCUUAGGUAAAGCACCACCAACAUUGUCUGAUGCUUAGAGAGUCUGGAGCCUCACUGGCAGGAAAGAAUGAAACCUUUUGUCUCCCUUCCACUGAGUGCCUGCUUGCAUCCACUUGUGCAAGUGGAGGGGCUUAGCGCAGUGCCAAGUGUGCUCUCAGGAUGGCAAACCCUCAUCGUCCCAUCGUACCUAGGCUGUGACUCUUAAUAGGGCAGAGACAUGCGGCACGUGCUCAGCAUCUCCUGCUGCCAGGACUCAGUUAUACCCAUUCGCACUGACAAACUGGUACCUGCAGAAUUAGGCGUGGACUGAUGGAUGCCAGCGAUACCUGUGGACAGUUGUCAUCCAGCAUUUCUGUGGAAAUGACACUGCGUAUUUUUGGGAGAGCCAUGUGAACGUCUUGGUCCUUGCAGCUCUUUUAUUCUGCUGUCAUCUCCUAGGUCCCAACAGCUCUUCAAACCACAAACCCAGCAGCUGUGUGGGACUCCAUCCCUGUGUGGACGUCUGUCUGUAUGUAUGCAAUCCUAAGGCAAGGGCCUUAAGUUAUCCAACGAAGAUGCAGUAAUGAGAUGAAGAAAGGUGCCUUCUGCUAUAUGUUUGCUGAGAGGAAAGUGACUCAUUCGGUUGCAGGAGUAGGCAAUUGAAAUGCACAGCACAUCUCUUCAUUUAAGGAGGAACCUAUUUAAUCCCAUUGCAAUUUUAUUUAUUUAAUAACAGUGAUGGAAGAGAUUGCAAGAAGUCAGAAUGUUCCAACGUGCCAGUUGGAUGUGGUUUCUUAAAACUAACCCCUUAAUCCGAAAGACUUAGUUGCACUACUAAACCCAGAAGUAUAAGAAAAUUGGGUUUUAAUGAACUGGACAACAGACCAAAGGAGACCUCCUUGUGCUGAGCUGCUACUCAAUAGGAACAGAAACUGCCUUAACAUAGCAGCUAGGUUUUGUUUUGUUUUUUAACAACUUCAUCAGUGCAGUCCGUCCUGUUCUCAUUUGUCAUGUCGUGUUUUAACAAGGUCCUGUCUAUUUCACCUUGAACUGUCGUUAAACACUCACCCCCAUUCCGUAAUGGCCAGGAACCUGAAAUUGUCCUUGCAGUGUUGGGUCAGGAGUCACUCACUCCACUUGUGAUACUUGAUACUUGUUAGACACAUGACAAAAAGGAAACUUCAGCUCCAGUGAAAGAGAUGGAGGGAGCGCAUUAAUCCAGCAGGUACUCAGGAUCCCGAAGUAGAUUUAAUGAGUGGGAUCAGCAGCUCCAAACACAGCACUCACCCUUAUUUGUGAGAUAAUGGUUAAUUAACCAGUCGUGCUGCACAGUCCUUGUUGCAGAGAGAAGAUGCCUGCUGAGAUUAAAGUUGCAAAGAACUUUCCCACAGUUAAGUAACAGGAGGCUGGGCAAACACUGACUAUGCUAGCGUAAGGGAAAGGGGAUGAAUCUCCCUUCAGCAAACUGCAAGGGAAGCAAUGGUAAACAAGAAACAUGUACAUGCAAAUGAAAGGCAAGUCACUAGCACUUUAUAUUAAUAUAAACGUAGAUCAGCAACUUGCCAUCAAGAUGGAUGCUAGAUCAAUUAACGACAACGGAAUAAUUUUGCACAGAGCAGAGAGAAGUGAGGUUACAGGCAGUGCUGCAUGCACAAGGACUUUAUAGCUGUAUGCACUUGUCCUACUUAGGAUGGUAAAUUCCAGAUAUGCCUCUGCAGCAGGCAAACUCUCUACUCCCCACUCGGCUAUAAAAAGCAAGAUUGUUUUAACCAAAAGCCAAGAAAGGAAGCGUCUGGGUGCUGCAGCAACAAUUCCCUUGGAUUGAAAGGGAAAAAGCACACAGCAGGGACAAGCAGAAAGAAUGUAUCUAUACAUAUGUACAUAAACCACAGUGCUGUAAUUUUUGUAUGUAGCAGUAAUGUAAAUAAAUGUAUGGUUUUUAUAAGAUACAUAUUAUAAAAAUCUAUAAAGGCAUAUUUUUAGUAAAAACAAUGCUCUACUUCUUUUGUAAAUAGUUCUCUUCAGAAUAAAACAGAUCAUUUAUACGA